AUGGCACAGCCGGCUGAAAGUUCGGUGAACUACGAUCUCACCAGGAAAAGCCACAUGGGGGGAGACUGCAUUCUGAAGCGCUUUGCGCAAUGGUUCUGGUCGGUGUGGAUGAUCGCCGGGUCUGGGACCCACGAUGCCCUUGCGGAUCCCGCGAAUCACCCCAAAGCGACAAACGGUGCCUCCACAAAGACGAACGGAUGUGCUGGCACAGCGAGAGGUGGUUUGUCUACCACUGGAGAAUGCGACACAGGACUGCGGGAACAGUCCUCUGGAAACGAGCAUAGUUAUCCUUGCAAGGCAUGCCAGACAUGGGGUGUUGUUUGCGAUCAGCAGAGACCGCGCUGCUCGCAUUGCUUGGAUCAGCAGAUACUGUGCUUCUAUGUGGCACCUUUGCCAAAACCACCGAAGCGGUCAACCAAGUCGCGUUCCCGCCACGUUGAGAUCGUAAAUUCCUCGCCCCGGCUGUUGGCGAGUUGA